AUGAGGGCUAAUAAGGUGACGAAGCAAACUGCUGAUACAUUCCAAGCAGCUGCCACGUUUCUUGAACUCUGUCAGAUAUGGAAUCGUCUUGAGCCGGAGACCGCUGCGAAAAUCAAGUUCGCCAAGUAUCAUGCAGUGAGGAUUGCAAAGGCAAUCAGGGCUGGCGAGGACCCGAACGAGUCGAACCCAGUUAUGAAAGACGAAGAUGAAAUAGAGGGAGAUAGCUUGGAUGUGCAGAAAGGUGAUCCUGAGGUUCAGGCAAUUGUCGGAUCGCUGCCCACACAAUCGAGACAGCCGUCUGUAGAGGACGUCCCCGAGGAUUCUACGCAUCCUUCAGGACCAUCUCCCUCUUUACCGCAGCCCCCAACUGGAUUCACCGAAGUACCUACUGCAUCGCAUGAUGCCGCACGUAGUCCAACUCAAGAUAUGGACCUUGACGCGGAGCAACGUGCACCGCUGAACCUCCCUUCAGCACCUGCGACACUCACGUCAUCUUCGACCUCAGUCCCUAAUCUUCCAGAUACGCCUACAAGCGUUGGCACCCAUCAAUCUCCAGGUGCUUCUGACGCUUUUCAAUCCUUUCCUCCACCAUCGGCAAUGCCUCCUUCGAGUCCACCAGCUGCCUCUCGCGAUCCUAGUUCUUUCUACAGCCAACCUAGGGCCACACCUCAUCAUCAACCUGUGCGAUCUCCAGCAGCUGCUCCUGUAAUGCCACACCCAACACCCCAGCCCGUCCAGACACCUACAACCAUAACUCCUACAGCGUCCUCAUCUGGCUAUGUGAAUUCACAAGCAGUUGAUGAUAAUUCCAUUGCUCUUGCUCAGAAGCACGCCCGUUGGGCUGUGUCUGCCUUGACUUUUGAUGAUGUCAACACAGCUAUCAAGGAACUCAAAAACUCUUUGAAGUGCCUUGGGGCUGAGUGA